AUGUCAAUCGAAAAAAAACAAACAAGGAGCCGUUUCUUUGUGUCUAUAUGCUUCGACCAGGGGACGAAGCCCUCGGGGGCCUUCCCGCUUUUUGGAGAAUUGCUGGCAGAAAGAAAAUGUGGGCAAAGGCCACGGUGUGUGUCUUCGAAUUAUGUUUUUCUGCUUUGCCUGCUUCUAACUUUUUGCCCGCUUCAGUUGUUCCCCGUUUCCGGUACUCGAAGUGAUCCCCCUCGCAAUACGGAAGGCCAUGUACGCGGUACCCCUUCUGCUGUUGUUUCUUCUGCUUGCAACACGCAUUCAGAGGAUACCACACCGACGGAGACAUCUUCUCAUCCCUCUUCUCAAACACAAGGGGCAGCAACUGAUGCGCUUCGCGUCCUUCCUGCUCGAACCCUCGCAGCAAUCUCUUUGCCUCUCUCUCAGACAAAAAAUGAGGGAGUUCGUGUACUCUCGGGGUUGCCUCUCGGCAGUCCAGUCCCUCUCGAAGCUCCAAGCAACCGCGUCGUUCCUUUCCCUUGCAUUGGUGGCUCCGAUCUGCGGUCUCUCAGCCCGGAGCAACGUCCUGCUGAGUUGCUUGCGGCGAGCGAGAACUCCACUUCCGUGCCACAACGAGCGGAUGCAAAGACACGCACUUCCGUCUUUUCACCGGGACGCAGUCGGACCUCCGCCACGAGACGCACCGGGAGGGCGGACGACUCGGAAAACAUCUCGAUACUUGGGCGCGUCGGCCAAAACGCGGAGAUAAACGGCGAGUACGCGCUCGAAGACGGCCAAAGGAACCGGGGCGAAAAAGCAAGCGAACGGCCGGUCUACCGAAAGAAGCAGAUGCCCAUUUCCCCUCAGAUAGCCUCUGCUGCCUCUCAGGCAGGCGAACGCGCGGGAGCGACCGCGUCGUCGCCUUUGUAUUUGUUUCACGUCGAGUCGUCCGAGUCCGCGACUCCCGCAUUCUGGGCAGUGGGGGAGGUCCCUGGCGUCAACGAACGAAUCCGAGCCUUCGUUUUGAGUGAUGCAGAUACACCCGACAAAGCCGAGGGCGAGUGGAUGGUCUUUGAGAAGUCCGUCGCGCUGUCUGCCCCUCGUCCCGAGGAGCCGCCAGCUAUCACCACGUCCUUCCAUGCGGAUCCGUACGUCGUCGCAGUUCGUGUUUCGUGCCACAACGGCGCACGAGAUGGCGGCGAAACCGGACUGGACUGUGGAGGUGAAACGUGCGAGUCCUGCGACCAGUUCAGAAGCUGUCGACUCCCUGGCGUCCUCCCUGCAGGGGGCUACGCACUCGGAGACUGCCCCAGAAACGGCAGACUUGCUCACGGAGAGGCCUGUACGUACAAAUGCCCGCUGGGAUGGCGAGAGAAGGGCGCGUUAGGGCGCAUUUGCUACGACGGAACCGUGUUAGAGAUCCGCCGGGGCGCGGGCUGCGAGCGGGCAUUCGAUUUGCCGGAAAACGCGACACAGAACUGCCAGUUCCUCCUCCUCGAAGGCGCGCCAGAACUUCAGCAAAAGUGCAACGGACUCUUCAUCAGCCACAUUGUCACCGGCAUGAGUGGCCAGCAGGCGGUGUUCUGGCAGAAAGAUGUCCGCGGGGACCUCGUCCAGCUCUACUGGGACGACGGAUACUGGAUAUGCGGGUCAUUUGAAAAAGACGAAGAAUACGGAUAUCUGCCAGAUAUGACGCCCGAAAGGCUUAUUCAAGCUCGUUCCAUUCAUCUCCUCUCGUCCGAAGCCGUCUGGUCGAAUGCAGCAGGUCCGCAAGCGUCGACCGCACCUGCUUCGCUUCACUGUGUAGAUCCCCUCCAGCCCCUCCAGCAUACUCAAGAAGGCGGCCGAUGCCCCACCUUCUUCUUCUCUGGUUGGUCGAGUCCAGGAUUAGAUGGCUACUGGCACGAGCUCUUUCCCCCUUCUGCAGACGGCAGGCCUCGGUUUAUAAACGAAGAACUGCUUUUGAUCCAUUGGACGCCUCUCGGAUACUGGGUUGUCGGCGUGCCGGACGACGAUACCAUAGCCAUCGCGCUGUCCUUCUCCCCGAGCAAAUUUCCCGCUCCCAAUGGAUGGAGGAUUUGGAACGCCAAGACAGGUCUCUGGGAAGAAGAAGAAAGUGUGCGCGCCCGCUGUGUCCCGACGGAUGACCGUGAGAGCGGAGACACUGAUCCUCGAAGGGGUGGAAACAGCCCGCGUCAAAAUUACACAAGUACUCGAAAUAGCCACUAUGGGUUUCCUGCGCCACUCCUCGAUAUCUCACCUUCUCCCGGUCUCCAUUCGCCUUUUCCCCAUGGUGGCCACGGAACCAGUCAAACCCGCAGUGGGCUCCUAGAAGGCUUGAUCUCUCCAGAAGAAGGCGACCUUCGGCUCCGAGAAGAAGGACGUACACUGCAGGCGCUUCAUCUUCCCAAGAGGCGCGCAUGCCCUCACCUUCGUCUCGAGGGAGGCGUCGGUUUGGGCGCACGCUGCAACGGCGUGUGGUCACGGCGUGUUUACUCCCGGGGGAGAAGCAACGGAAGAGCUGCGAGUCGCGGGUCUUACGAUGUCGGCAGUCCGGCUGACGGCGGAAACCCCGAGAGUGAGGACGCAGACGAGUAUUACCUUUUCAAACUAUCCAUAGACAGCCGCGUUAUGUAUCUGUACAAGUCCGACGACCAGUGGCGAUGCACGGCAGACGGGAACACCAUGUUAGGUUUCUCUAACAAAAAUGUGACUCUCCACAGCUCGUUGCAAGAGAAGGAGAAUCCCGGAAACGCGCGGACAAACUUCGAUGAACUGCAUUCUGGAGAGGCGCACAGUGAAGAAGGAAACUGGCUAGAAGGGCUGCGCUAUGUGUCUGGACCGUGGAAACUCUCUUGUCUCGACGAAGAUGGUAAAACAUAA